AUGGAGUCUUUUCUCUUUGACGACAUCAGCUCCGCGAUACAGAACGAGGCUAUCCAGAGGAUCAUCUUGCCCAUGAGUGUUCAGCUUUGCCACCUGCUCAUCUCCAUGGAGAGGACAGAUGUGGCGAAUGAAGCGUUUGCCUCUUUGGAGAAGAUGGCAGAGGACUUGGCCAAAGCUAGCGAAGCAUUUGUGCAAGCGGCCAAAAGGCUGGCAGCUGACUCGGGGGAGGAGUGGCUCAGGGCUGAAAUGGAGCCGGCCGCCGAGUCUCUCAUCCUUUCUGGGAGGAACAUCUCCUGCGUGGCCCAGAAGCUCCACCUGCAGCCGGAGUGUCAUAGCCAUCGGGAGGAGCUCGUGACCACAGCGCAGCAGAUCGUGGUGGGCACUGCCAAGGUGCUGCUCCUGGAAGACGCGGCGAGGGCCAGGAGGACGGCGCUGGCGGUUGGCCGGUGCCUCACCUGCUUGGACGCGCUGGAGGUGGAGGACGACGCGGCCUCGCUGAGCGGCCCCUUCGCAGACCUGGCGGCGGCGCUGCUGCGCCUAGGGACGCUGACGGCGCGCGGGCCCGGCCACCUACUCCGGGCGUGCGUUCCCGCCCUCGUCGCGGCCGCCCGAGGCCACCUGCGGCACCCGCGCGACCCGCAGCUGGCAGCCUCCCGGCGCCACGCUCUCGUUCUGACCCGGGAGGCCCUGGGCGAGCUCCUGGCGCUGCUCGAGCCCGGCGCCGCGGCCCGGGUCCGCACGCGGAGCGGCGCGCUGCCCCGGCGCCUGCGUCAGCUGCGCGAGCUGCUGGCGGAGCCCAGGGCCGGAAGCCUGAGCGGGCUCCUGGAUGCACCGCUGGCGGCCGUGCUGGGGCACUGCAUGCGCCUGGCCGCCGGCUGCGCCCCGCCGGAGAGGCUGCGCUUAGUGGCCCGCUGCGGCCGGCUGCUGGAGCUGCGUGGGACCCUGAGCGCCUGGGGGUCCGGCCGCGGGAACCUGGAGCCGACCGAGGAGCGCGCGGCGCUGCGGGCCGCGGCCGAGGCCCUCUCCCAGGGAGUCCGCACUGCGCUACUGCGCCAGAUCCUGGACGCGUUCACGGAUACGCAAAGCCCUCUUCAGAGACUGGUGCAGGCCGCGCUGGCGACCCCCAAAGUAGGCUGGCCGCACGGUGCCGAAACCUUGCCCGAGAGCCUCCGGCCUUUCCUUGAGGCUUUUCUGGACCAAGCCAAGCAGAUGCUCAGGGUGGCUCACCUGGUCUUGGUUUGCUGCCCGCGGCCGCAGACCUGCAAAGACCUGGAGGCUGCCACAGUGGGCCUGUGGGCGCUCGUGGUCAGAGUGCAACAGCUUUUCUCCCCGAGCCCCCAAGGAUCUGGUCUGGACCAGGACCCUGCCACCCUGCAGGCCUUGCUUCCGGCCUGGGCCGGUGCGUCCCAAUGCCUGUUAGCAUGUUUCGAUGCUGUUCUCAAUAUUCCCGAGUUCCUGAGCGUGUCCAUUCAGGAAAUGGCCAGGCACUUGCCCUUCCUCACGUGGGCUUUGAAGAAUGGAGAUCCCAGAGAGUUUUGUAGACCUGUGGUGUAUUUACAGGGUCGAGCCACACACAUCGUGCAAGUCAUGAGCAGGUAUGUGGGCCAAGAAAGAGACCCCAUUUUCCGGAAUGGCCUCAGAGUCUUGAUCCAGCAGCUGGCACAGUCUUGCUUGGUCCUCGGUGAGGUUGCUGAGCGCUGCUCAGAUGGGCACAGCUCCCAGGACACAGACGUGGUUUUAGCCAUGGCAAAACAACUCAUCUGUUCAGCGCAGAGCGUGCUGGAGGGGUUGGAUGGAACCAACCACCCGGAUAUCCUCAGCCCUCUUCGGGACCAAGUCCAGAGGUUACGAAUUGCCAAGGGCCAUCCUGGUUUCAUUCUUCCCAGCCUCUGGGCUACUAAUGCCCCUGAACUGAAAUGCCAGAGGGUGCCUGGGUUAGAGGAAGGUGACCUGGGCACCUCCUGUUUCCCAAGGGACCAUCCUUCCUGCCCCUGGAUUCCUGACAUACACCCACAGAGGAGGGUCUCUGCACCCCCUGCCGUUAACAAACUCACCCUCGCUGUAGAGAGCCAGGACCACCAGACAGUGCCCUCUGCUGGCGUCGGCCUGCUGGGGCAGGGUGCAGCUGUGGGUGCAGAUCCAGAGGCCCUGGCUGGGGAGGGACCCCUGGGGUCAGAGCAGAUGGCAGGUGUCCCCGAGAUCUCAGCACUGAGACCUUCUGCCUGUGAGCUACCGAGGGAGGUAGCCACUAGAGCUGAUGGGCUUCUGAAAGGGACUCUCCAGCUCUCUGGGAGAACCAGGGAGACCAGGCAGAGUUUGGUAGCUGUGGCUGGGGACUGGUACCAUCUGUGUCAACAGCUGUUUUGCCACAACCGAACAGCUGAUCUACCAGGGAACAUGGCAGUGUUCAUGGAGCUUCAGCAGAAUUUAGCCUCAAUGGUUCAGCUAGCAGCUCAAAGUGGGCCCAUGGACUUGACUAAGCAGGACCCGAACUCAGCCGGACACCCGGAAGUACUUGUACAAAUGCAAGGCCGAUUGAAGGAGGCAGAGACCCGUGCUAAACAAUUGAUGGACACCGUUCUGGCCUGGGAUGGUCUUCAAGCCCCCAAGUCAUGGGAAAAGGACAUUGAAGAUGGGUGUUUUCUGUGGUCAGUGGCUGUUCAAGACCUCAUUCAGUACAUGGAGAGGUUCAGCGAGAGACAAGGCCUGUUCCUGCUUCCCCUACGGCAGGCAGUGGAACGCCAGCAGGGGUUGAAGGAAGGGUUGGAGCAGGCAGCAGACGCUUCUCGGAGGCUGCGAGAGGCUGCCAGGCUGUCUGGCCCACUGAGUGGGAGUGAGCAGGUCAAGGGUGAGGUCUCCUUUCUAUGCAGGGAGGUCCACGUGCUCACAGACGCUCUGUUGGAUGUGGCACAGAUCUUGGUCUCCUGCCCUAAGCUAUCCCCCAGCCUGUCCACACGCUUUCAACUCCUCUGCUUGGAGUUCGCCCUGCGAGCCAAGUCCCUGACUGGCCACUUCAGGAGCAUCAAUGCAGACUACGAAUGUGCCCUGCAAGAUGUUUUCUGCUCGAGACGCUCUGGCUGCAAGGAUCCCCAGAGCACCCCAGAAAGCUCCCUGGAAACAAUGGCGUCCAGAAUCCAAGCUGUGCAGGAAAUCGUGGCAAGUAGCCGAGAGUCUGGGCCCUGUCAAGAAGACCUUAUGGGGGCUCUGGAAAGCAUUCUUGUCCUCACCAAGGAGGUGGCCCAGAGGGUCCCUCUGCUCCGAGAACAGCCCGAGGAGUGGGGGAUGCACGUCCUGGACUGGCUUCGGUGGGAGUGGGCAGCCAAGGCCCACUAUGUCAUGGCCCAGCUCCAGGCCUGGAAGGGCGGUCACUCCGAGGCCUGGAGACUCCUGGCCCAGUGCUUGAAACCUGCGGAGGAGCCACCAAGGGUCCCAGAGCAAGACUCUGUCCAGUCCCAGCUCCCCUGCAAGGAGGCUGCAGCAGGAACCAACGCGGUGGGCAGUGUGGAUUCUCAGGGUGCCUCACUGACUGGCAGCCCCGGGAGCACCGUGGGGACCUGCACCAGGAGCACUGCUGAGCCAACCACCGCAGACCUGGACAUGGGACCCAAAAGGGUCUCCCAGUGCUCUGAGGCAGUGAGUUUGGUCCUGCUGCGGAAGUGGAGGCAGCCUGCCGCGAAGCCUCCACAGUGGAUCACUUCGCUCCCUCCAGCUGCCCGCCUGGCUGGUUGCUCUUCUCAGCAUCUGGACAAGUUUUCUGAGUCGAACACGAGAGGAUCUGGCAAGGCUUUGGGAGGCUCUGCUAAAGGUCCCACAGGAGAAGAGCAAGGCCUGGCCGUGAGUAGUGGUUCACGUCUCAAGAGCGGCCACCCCGAUCGGCCACCUGCUGAGCUGGCCCAGCCUCUGCCAGGGGAUGGUGGCGCAGAUGGUGACAACCGACUCACACGGAUCACUCAGCAGAUGGCCAAGGAGGUGUUGCUGAUGGCGCAGAGUUUGAAGGGGAGACGCCUCCUGACCAAAGAUCAGCUCAUUACCUCGGCUAGGAAAAUCGUGACCUCCGGACAAGACUUUGCCAGGCUUAUCUGCUUCCUCGCUAAGAACUGCGUGGAUCCAAGAUGCUCCCAGGAGCUGGUGUGCAAGGUGGAGCAGAUUCAAACGAUGAGCAACCAGCUCCGUAUCAUCUCCAGGGUGAAGGCCUCACUGGCCAGAAGCCAGUCCUCUGAAGAGCUCCUAGUGGGCACCGCACAGCAGCUCCUCCGGGCUGUGAGUGAGACCGUGAGAGCCGCAGAAGCUGCCAGUCUCCGGGGAUUGAGGCAACCGCCUCCCGACCCGGAGGAACUGGAAGUUGCUGCCUUCUGCAUGCAGUGGAGGAGAAAACUUGUGCAACACAGACUUCAAGAAAUUUCCGACAGAGACUGUGAUGAGUGGGGCCUGCGGACAGCGAGCACGAACACACUGCCCAGGCUUGCAGCUGUGAUCGGAGAUGCCGUGUAA